GUGAAAGUGGAACUUGAAAAAGCUUUGGCUGGAACCCAUUCCAAAUGUCUCCCUUGUUCUUUCUAACUGUGGUCACAGAUCCCUAUGAAAGUUACAUAUAGGUGAUUAAAUAUACCGCACUCUCUCCAUCUCCCGAGCAUUGCCUGCUGGUGUCCUAAGGGACCAGUUUUGUUCCUUUUCGAGAGAGAGAGAGAGAGAGAGAGAGAGAGAGAGAGAGAGAGAAAGAGAGAGAUUCUGGGUGCUUUGCUUAGUUGAAGAGUAACAAGUUCCAUAAAUAUUUUGUUGAAUGCCAAAAAAAAACCAAGGAGAGGGAAGCAGGAGAUGUUGAAAUGAUUAGUUAGUUUUAGUUAGCUCCCCAAUGAUUGAAUAUUCUGGCAGAUGUAGAUACUUCUAAUACCAGCCUCAUAGAAGAUAUCCCACAUUUAAUCCUCCUACCUGAAAAUGGACUUUCCUUCAUCUCAACCCCAGCAUCAUCAUCCAUACUGUCUCCAAACCCAGUUUCCUUCUGUCACCACUGGCUCUGGUUCGGUUCCUCUCAGCCUCUCCUAUGAGGUUGGAGAAGUUGGUAAUGCUGGCUUCUUUCACUCGCCAUUGUGUGUAAUGCCAGUCAAGUCAGAUGGGUCUCUUUGUCUCAUCGAAGCUCUCACUAGGUCACAGCCAGAAGGAAUGAUGCCAAGUUCAGAACCAAAGCUAGAGGACUUUCUUGGAGUUCACUACAAUGGAAGACAAGAUGGGGAAGCCCGGUUGGGAUACUCUGAGCUAGUGUACAGAGCAUCAAUGGAGGAAGAAACAAAUGGCAUGUCUCGCUUGGGAAACAUUGUCAGUGUUGAUGAUUGUGCAGUCUCUGGGAGUGUGAGUGUGAAUGGAAAAGAAUCUGGCGGUUUCUAUUCACCGAUUCAGUCCGGUUGUGUUUCCCUUACAGCUCCAAGGCAAUUCUCAUCAGCCAUCAACACCGAGUCAUUGGCCAUAGCAACCAGGAAGAGAGCACUAGAAGCGGACAAAAAGCUGCCUGUGCCUAGGAAGUCCAUUGACACAUUUGGCCAGAGGACAUCUCAGUACAGAGGAGUUACAAGGCAUAGAUGGACCGGUAGAUACGAAGCUCAUCUUUGGGAUAACAGUUGCAAGAAGGAGGGACAGUCUAGGAAAGGAAGGCAAGUUUACUUAGGGGGUUAUGAUACGGAAGAGAAAGCCGCAAGAGCGUAUGAUCUUGCCGCCCUCAAAUACUGGGGACCUUCGACUCACAUAAAUUUUUCGUUAGAAAAUUAUCGGAAAGAACUCGAGGAGAUGAAGACAAUGAGCCGCCUUGAAUACAUUGCCCACCUAAGGAGGAGAAGCAGUGGAUUCUCAAGGGGAGCUUCAAUAUACCGAGGAGUGACAAGACACCACCAGCAUGGAAGAUGGCAAGCUCGAAUUGGCAGAGUUACUGGAAACAAGGAUCUUUAUCUUGGGACAUUCACCACGCAAGAGGAAGCAGCUGAGGCGUACGACAUAGCAGCCAUCAAGUUUCGGGGUGUGAAUGCAGUCACCAAUUUCGACUCGUCGAGGUACAACGUCGAGAAGAUCAUGACCAGCAAUACCCUUCUCGCAGGAGAGCUCGUGAGGCGAAACAAAGAAGCUGCACCAAGAUAUGACAUGGGCUAUCUCACUAGUGGUGAAGCCAACGGGCCUGAGAGCAUCGACGGGAGUGGCUUAGGCUGGAACAUGGUUCUACACGAGUCCCCUCGGGGACAACCCGAUGAUGUUGCUAAAUCACUAGAUCAGAAAUCGUUUGCCAGGAGUAACCAAAUUUCAUCAUUGUCUAUGGCGCUGCAGCACAUUUCGGAUGAGGGGAAUAGAGGACGUGCUAGUUUUGCAGAUCCAUCCUCUACUGUCACCAGUCUAGGCAGCUUGCAAGAUGGUGCCCCUGAUAGAACGUGCUCGAAUAUGCUGCUUGGAAAGCCUGUAUCAGUUCCUGAGUUUACUAAUGCUCCAGGCUGCAUAAGCUCUUGGUUGCACUCAACCCGGCUCAUUCCGGCUCCAAUCUCCGGUUCCCGGUCGCCAGUUUUUACAGCAUCGAGUGAAAUCUAGCUAGUGCUUCUGGAAUAUCCGUUGGUCAAGUAGUGAAACUAAGAAUGGAAAAGCUAAAAGCCUGAGAAGCUAGGUGAAAGGAAACUUUUUGAAAGCAUGAAAGUUAAAGGCUUGUGUCGGGAAUAUUGAGAUGUUGCAAAUUGGAGGGAAGUGGUUAGACAGAGAUUCACAGAGCUAAUGAUUAAUGGCAAUUGCAUGAUUGAUGAGCUUUUCAAUUGAGGUCCUGCUAAGUACAAAAUCACUGGGAAUGCUCCUCCAUAUGCUGAGAAAGGCUUUUUACUUUGACCAUGCAAUCUCACUCUCUGUUUCUCAAUCCGAACUUCACCAACAUGAUUACAAUCCUAUCGCAGAAUUCUGGAUAUGGAGAUUCUGUUUAAGCUUGUUUUAGGAUUUCGUGGUCAUAAUUAUUAGCACUUUGUUUA